ACAUGGCGCAAGCUCUGUCUGAGGAGGAGUUUCAGCGGAUGCAGGCUCAGCUCUUGGAACUCCGAACAAACAACUACCAGCUUUCAGAUGAACUACGCAAGAAUGGUGUUGAACUUGCCAGUCUUCGACAGAAGGUCGCCUACCUGGAUAAGGAGUUCAACAAAGCUCAGAAGGCAUUGAGCAAGAGCAAGAAAGCUCAGGAAGUCGAGGUACUGCUGAAUGAAAAUGAGAUGCUGCAGGCAAAGCUGCACAGCCAGGAGGAGGACUUCCGUUUGCAGAACAGCACGCUAAUGGCCGAGUUCAGCAAGCUCUGCAGCCAGAUGGAACAGCUGGAACAAGAGAACCAACAACUAAAGGAGGGGGCUGCUGGAGCAGGGAGUGUCCAAGCUGCAUCUCUCGUGGAUGGGGAGCUGCUGAGACUACAGGCAGAAAACACUGCCUUGCAGAAGAAUGUGGCAGCCUUGCAGGAGCGCUAUGGGAAAGAGGCC